UCCAGAGAGCUGUUGCGCUGACUGCCAGCUCCUCAGACGAAUAGAAUGAGAGUAUGGUGGAAGGCCCCGCCCCUGUGUCCAAGUCCGGAAACACGGAAACGACUGAGCAGAAAGUGGAAGAACUUUGUGCAGGAUGGAGAAUCGGUGCAACGUGCAGUGUUACGGUCGGGGAGAGAUCCAUGAGAAGAUUGUGAAGGAGCUGGACAUCUCCUAUUGUGAAGAGCCAGGGGUUCCCUGUGUUCUCUUUGUCUACAAAGUGUCUCAUGAAAUUCAGGAUAUUCGAAAUGCCCUUCACUGGGUCACAGGAGGAGGGAGAGUGCGGAAGGAAGACAUUUGUGCCGUGAUUCUAUUGCAGAAAUCCCGAGCUGUCGGAGAGGAGAAGAUAACAACAGAUCCAGGGUUAUUCCAUAAGGGAACUAAAGUUUUUCGUGUAUUUUGGAUGGAUUCCAGUAGCUGGUGGAGUAUAUCGAAGACGUACCAGUGCCCCACAGUGAUUCAGACUGUCAAGCAGAGUCUCAUCGACAGGACCCGAUCCAGGGGAGGUUCCUGCUCUGGGUGGAGCGAGGGUUCACAGGACAGUGAGACCCUAUCAGUGCCAAAUGAAGAGUCGGAUUCUCGGAUUUCUUCAAGCUGGAGCCCAGAGACGAACAACAGUAGCUCGGAAAAGCUUAACUGUAAUGUGCAGUGUUACGGUCGAGGAGACGCCCAUGAGAAGAUUGUGGAGGAGCUGGACAUCUCCCAUUGUGAAAGGCCAGGGGUUCCCUGUGUUCUGUUUGUCUACAGAGUGUCUAAUGAAAUUCAGGAUCUUCAGGAUGCUCUUCACUGGGUCACAGGAGACGGAAGAGCGCGGAAGGAAGACAUUUGUGCCGUGAUUCUGUUGCAGAAAUCCCGAGAUGUGGGAGAGGGGCAGAUAAGGACCUAUCCAGGGUUAUUCCAUGAAGGAACAGCAGUUCAUCGAGUACCUUGGAGAGAAACCAGCGAUAUUCUCAAAAGGAGAAAAACUGACUUCCAAUGUCCAAAUACGAUUCGGGCCAUCAGACAGAGUCUCAGUGACAGAACCAGAUCCAGAGAACAUCCCUCCCCCGUAGGACAGAGCGAGGAUCCGCCAGGCGGUGAGACUCUGGUGCUGAGUGAACAAUCGGCUUCCUCGAUUUCUUCAGGAUGGAGCCAAAGGAAGAGCAGCUGGAACUCGGAGAGGCUUCAGAGUAACGGGUGGAGCGAGGAUCCAAAGGGCGGUGAGAUCCUAUCAAUGCCAAAUUUACGAUCGGAUUCUCGGAUUUCUUCAAGCUACAGCCCAGAGAUGGAUGACAGUAGCUUGGAAAAGCUUAACUGUAACGUGCAGUGUUACGGUCAAGGAGAUGUCCAUGCGGAGAUUGUGAAGGAGCUGAAUAUCAACCAGUGUGAAGAGCCAAGGAUUCCCUGUGUCCUGUUUGUCUACAAAGUGUCUCGUGAAACUGAGGAUUUUCGAAAUGCCCUGCAGUGGGUCACAGGAGGCGGAAGAGUGCGGAAGGAAGAUAUUUGUGCCGUGAUUCUGUUGCAGAAAUCCCGAGAUGUGGGAGAGGGGCAGAUAAGGACCUAUCCAGGGAUAUUCCAUGAAGGAACAGCAGUUCAUCGAGUACCUUGGAGAGAAACCAGCGAUAUUCUCAAAAGGAGAAAAACUGACUUCCAAUGUCCAAAUACGAUUCGGGCCAUCAGACGGAGUCUCAGUGACAGAACCAGAUCCAGAGAACAUCCCUCCCCCGGGUCAAGCGAGGAUCCACAGGGCAGUGAGACUCCCUCAUUGUACAGUGCGCCCACCUCGACAUGCAGCGAGCAACCACAUCAUUCGACAUCUUCAACCUUCACGCAAGAGAAGAGCGAAAAGAGCUCAGAGCAACUUCAGUGUAACGGGUCGAACAAGGAUUCACAGGGCAGUGAGAGUCCCUCAUCGUGCAGUGUGCCCACCUCGACAUGCAGUGAGCAACCAGACCAUUUGGCAUCUUCAACCUUCAUGCAAGAGAAGAGCGAAAAGAGCUCAGAGAAGCCUCAGUGUAACGGGUCGAACAAGGAUUCACAGGGCAGUGAGAGUCCCUCAUCGUGCAGUGUGCCCACCUCGACAUGCAGUGAGCAACCAGACCAUUUGGCAUCUUCAACCUUCAUGCAAGAGAAGAGCGAAAAGAGCUCAGAGAAGCCUCAGUGUAACGGGGAUGUGGUCGAGGCAGGGUCGAACAAGGAUUCACAGGGCAGUGAGAGUCCCUCAUCGUGCAGUGUGCCCACCUCGACAUGCAGUGAGCAACCAGACCAUUCGACAUCUUCAACCUGGAUGCAAGAGAAGAGCGAAAAGAGCUCAGAGGAGCUUCAGUGUAACAGGUCGAGCGAGGAUUCACAGGGCAGUGAGAGUCCGUCAUCGUGCAGUGCGCCCACCUCGACAUGCAGUGAGCAGCCAGACCAUUUGACAUCUUCAACCUUCAUGCAAGAGAAGAGCGAAAAGAGCUCAGAGAAGCCUCAGUGUAACGUGCAGUGUUACGGUCCAAGAGUCGUCGAUGAGAAGAUUGUGAAGGAGCUGAAAAUCUGCCAGUGUGAAGGGCCAGGGGUUCCCUGUGUUCUGUUUGUCUACAAAGUGUCUCAUGAAAAUCAGGAUCUUCGAGAUGCCCUGCAGUGGGUCACAGGAGACCGGACAGUGCGGAAGGAAGACAUUUGCUCUGUGAUUCUGUUGCAGAAAUCCAGAGAUUUCGGAGUAAACAAGAUGACGACUGAUCCAGGGUUGUUCCAUGAGGGAACCAAUGUUUUUCAGAUAUUUUGGACAGAAGCGAGUGACACGUGGACAAGUACUGAUGAAGGCCACGCAGUGAUUCAGUCCGUCAGACAGAGUCUCGUCAACAAAACAGAAUCCAGAGGAGGGUCCUGUCCCGGUGUGUAAAACCUGCCUCUCCCCAGCCGCACGUCACAUUUCACCAUAUGGAACGUGUGUGUCUGGGGUGGGGAUGAUGGGAGACUGUCAAAACUGUACCCCAGUCAGUCAGUGAUACACCGGGAUGGAGGGUAUGGGAGGGAGGGAGGGUCAGAACAGAAAAUCCCCAUCGGUUCUAAGGUAACCUCAACACCAGCUCCCAGGUUACAGGUUUCUGAUUGAUGUGUGUGUGAGACCCCUCAGUGAGCAAUUAGACCCCCUCAGUGUGCAGUGAGACCCUCUUGGUGGGCACUGAGACUACUUCAAUGUGCAGUAAAUUAUGUUUUUGCAACAAUUAUGUUUUUGGUUAUACUGGCUCAAUAAGAACCAAAAACCAUUAAAAUUCCAAAUUUAAAACUUGUCUAGUUUUUUAUAUCAAAACUUUUCAUUUAAACCUUCAAUAACUGACCCCAUUUUUCUCCUAUGGAGAAAUAAAGGGAUCUGUACUUUUACAGAUUUAUUUUGUGAUGGUCGAUUGAUAACUUUUGAAGAGUUAAUUAACAAACAUUCUCUCGCUCAUGCACAUUUUUUGCAAUAUUUUCAGGUUAGACAUUUUUUACAACAAUUUUUACCUAAGUUUCCAUAGUUUCCAUAGUUCCUAAGUUUCCAUAGUUUCCAUAGUUCCUAAGUUUACAAGAAUCUGAUUUGUUGGAUACCAUUUUGAAGUUGAAUCCUUUAGUGGGAUGUUCCAUUGGCAGAAUCUAUAAUUUAUUUUUGUCAAAAGAAGAGAACCUACCACUAAAGAUUAAACAAGAUUGGGAGAGAGAACUUAAAAUGACCUUUGUUAAUGAAGAUUGGCUUUGAAUUUUGAAAAAUGUAAAUUCUUCUAUAUGUGCCAACCACUGUUUAAUUCAAUUUAAAAUUGUUCACCGUUAUUAUUUAACAAAGGAGAGACUAUCUAAAAUAUUUCCUAGUAUAGACAACUAUUGCGAUAGAUGUAAAACUGAAGUAGUUACUUUGUCACAUAUGUUCUGGUCAUGAUCUUCAUUAAAAUCGUUUCGGAAAUCUUUAUUUUCUACAAUUUCUAAAGCUAUGAAAAUUAAUUUACAAACUAAUGGGUUGACUGUUCUAUUUGGAAUAGUUCCGCAUCAUAUUCAGGGUAUUUCAUCUUCAGAUCAACAUAUAGUUGCAUUUAUUACACUACUGGCAAGAAGGGCUAUUUUAUUAAAAUGGAAAGAUACCUCUGUCCCUACAUUAAUUGUAUGGUUUUCUCAAGUAAUGUUAUGUCUCAGUUUGGAAAAAAAUUAGAAGUAGAACUUUUGAUCCUUGAUUUGAUUUUGAAAGAAGAUGAGGUUCUUUUGCCAAAUAUUAUCAUUUAAUUUGAAUUAUUCUAUAUGGUUUCCUUACAAUUUUGUUUUUUUAUAUAAAUACAAAUUGGCAGUGAUGACUUUUUUAUAUAUAUAUAUAUUUAGAUGAUGGUCAAACAUAUUGCUCUGGGGGGGUUGAUUCCUAAUGGGUUUUUUUUCCCUUUUUUUGUAGUCAGUGUUUUUUCUUCCCCUAGUUAGACGGGUUGCUUUUUUUAAAUCCUUUUUCCUAUAUAUUAAAAAAAAAUCCAUUUUUAUAUAUUACGAUCUGCUUAUUUUUCUUCAGCUUUAUUAAUUCUAUACAUAUUAAUCUGUUGAAGUUUUGUAUCAUUUUAUAGCUGUAGAAGACUAUGUACCAAUAAAAAGAUU